AAUCCAAUACACCCUUUACGGGUAUAUGACAGCUCAUAUCCCCUAAAGGGUUUAUAAAAGUGCAACGAAUAAUAUACCCUUCCUAGGGUUUAUGAAGAAAAAGGGUAUCUGAAAGGGUUUAUGACACUAAAAGGGUAUAUGAAAGCGUUUAUAAGUCUAAUAAACCCUUUUGAAGGGUAUAUUAUUCUACGCCUAUUUUUUACAGUGUAGUUUAGUUAAAACAACUUAUCCUCUUCAUUUACAACAAUUAUUGUUUUACUGUUUGUCACCAAGUAUUGCAUUUGUUAAAGAUUUAACAUUAGUACGAUCGUAAGUUUUAUGAAAUUAAAAUAAAUAAAUCUAAAUUUUUUGAUUAUGUAGAGUUUAAUUUUUGCGCCUGGUUCACUUGCACUGUUAAUAACUUAUACUAGUGAAUUAAAAAUUUCAUUUAAUAUUCUAAUAGGUAAAAUAUUAUUCUUUUCUUUAAACUAUUUAGUUACAUUUUCUUUUUGAAUGUAAUCAUGUUAUUGGUAUACACCGUACAUAUAUAAUAGCAUCAAGUCAUGAACGAAAUCAUAAUAUAAAAUUAUGAGCAAAAUAUCAAAAUAUAUAUAAACUUGAAUUUCAAGUAGAAUUAUUUUCUUUUGUUUUGUUUUAUUAAUUAAUAUUGUUUUAAAGGAUGAAUCUGGACUUGUUGUACUUGAUGUUUAUCAACGUGUACCUUUUGGUGUAUUUUACUUAUUCGACGUAACUCCAACAACAAUUGAGCAAUCAAAUCAUGCACGAUGUUUUUUUUUAUUUGCCUUUCCGAUGACCGCUUGGGGUCCUGUCAGUACAUAG